AUGGCGGACUAUUCUCAAUACCAAGGCCCGUCCAGUGAAUGGGAAGCAUUUGUCCAGAAGACCUCGUUGCCGCUAGGGGAUUUGACUCUACCGCCCCAGACGAUUCGACAAGCGUCAAAUGCACUUCGAGUGAAGAUCUCGGAGACCGAGAUUGCCGCAGAAGACCUUCGCACAAAGGCGGCAUGGCGAGACUACUCCGUCUUAACGAGAGACCAGCAGAAUAUCAUUGCUCGUGUCUACCGACCCCGCGAGCUGCCGCCGGAGGCUCCGCUGCCGAUAUACCUGUACUUCCACGGCGGCGGCCACCUUCUGGGCACGAUCGAGACCGAAGACGCCGCCUGUUUACGGCUUGCGGUCAACGCCCAGGUCACCGUGGUUAACGUCAACUAUCGGCACACGCCUGAGUUCAAGCACCCAUACCAAGUCAACGACGCCUGGGACGCGUUUGAAUGGCUCGCCAGAAAUGCGUCCCUCAUCGGCGGCGACCCCUCACGUGUCAUCGUCGGCGGCGUCUCAGCUGGCGCUGGCUUGGCCGCAUCCGUCAUCGUCCGCCAACAUAAUAAUAGCAAUGAUGAUGACAGUGCCGUGCGCGACCAGGGCAGGAACACAUCUCUUUUGCCCAGGUUGAAUGUCUGCGGUCAGCUCCUCUGCAUUCCCUGGCUGAUCCACCCGGACAAUCACCCGUUUACGAGCGGGCCCGCGGCGUCUUUCCAACAGAAUGUCUCUGCUGCCGUGCUUCCGAUGGCUCUGCUGCGACUGUUCAGCGCUCUGCUCGGAGCCGAUGAUGUCAAGGACCCGGCUCUGAACGUUGCUCUGGUGGACGACAGGAAGAUCAUGGGCUUGCCCAAGACAACUUUUGUGAUUGCCGGCCAGGAUCUGCUCAGGGACGAAGGGCUAUACUAUGCCGAAAAGCUGAAGAAGGCUGGGUUUGUCCACCUACCCACCAUUGCCACCAACCCCUAUCUCCCCCCUAUUCUCUCCCUCGUGCCAUCCUUCUUUUGA